ACACCAAAGUUCCAAGUAUCAACCAGCAUCACCUUCCGCGUACCCACCAACUACCCCUAGGAGAUUGAGCAUGGCGACAACAACCCUCUUCAGCCUGACCCCCCUCCCCCCCCCCCAAACCGCUUUGACAGCGCUCCGCAUCCUCCCGCUCAUCUCAACCACCGCAUCGCUGACCCACGCGUACAUGGAAUGGGUGACCAACUCCUCGUUCCUCGGACCAGCUCCCGUUGAUUCAUCGCUUUCCCACUUUCUGCUGGCCCGGAUGCGGCACCCAAGAAGGUCACUGAGGAGGAAGGAAAUGAACCUGGGAAGGAAGCGGAGGCAGGAGUUGAGAAAGCCAAGGAUGUGUUUGUGCCGGAGUGGUCCACAUCCUUUUUCAACACGGGCGUCCUCAGCGUCAUAGGACUCAACACCGCGACCCUCGUGUCUGCAAGCCUGAGCCUCCUCACCCAACUGAAUCACCCUAGCCCAGCAUAGGAGGAGAGUAAAGUGUUUUACCAGAUAGGACUGGCGAGUGUGGUCGCGCAUUACGCGUUUGUUCCGCUGGUGGGCCGGAGUAUUAGAGAUCUGAUCGGUAUGGCUGCUCAGAGGCGAAGUGGGAAGGCGGAGAUGGUGGGAAGAACGAAGGUUGAGGGGCUUGAAGGGGAGAGAAAGGUGGUGGAAGGGGUAAGGGAGUGGGUGGGUUGGCACAAGGUAUGGAUGGGGACGGUGGAUCUGGUGCUUGGCGGUGUUUUGCUUGGGGGGUUGUGGGGGCUGUGACGGUAUGAGGGGCGGGCAAGGACAACUGUGUCAUGAGCAAUGGCUGCGGAGUGAGAGAACAGAUGAAUGAUCAGUGGGUAUCUUUCAUUCAUCUACAAUACAAAUGCC